CUUUGGAAUUCUCUCUCCUCAAGUUCUCUGAGAUGCCGCUUCCACAGGCACUGCAGGCCCGCCUGGCCAAGCGGGGGAUUCUGAAACACAUGGAGUCAGAGCCAGCAGAAGAGAUUAUAGCAGAGGAUUAUGAUGAUGAUCAUGUGGAUUACGAGGCAACUCGCGCAGAAAACCUUCCUCCAAACUGGUACAAGGUGUUGGACCCCAUCUGUGGUCUCCCAUAUUACUGGAAUGUGGAGUCUGAGCUAGUCUCUUGGUUGUCACCACUUGACCCCAAUGCGAUAAUCACAAAAACCACUUCAAAACAAAAAGAACCGGAGGAAAAGGCUGAAAGAGAGGAAGUGAAGGAACGCAGGUUUACACGCCGUGAAGAGGUGGCUCCUUACCCUAAACCAAAGAAAGGAAGAAAAGAUGAAGAGUUGGAUCCCAUGGACCCAAGUGCUUAUUCAGAUGCUCCCAGGGGGUCGUGGUCCACGGGCUUGCCAAAAAGAAACGAAGCCAAAACCGGUGCAGACACAACGGCCGCAGGCCCACUUUUCCAGCAGCGGCCGUACCCCAGCCCCGGCGCUGUACUGAGGGCCAACGCAGAGGCAUCGCGCACUAAACAGCUGGAGUGAGCGGCUCUGGCCAUUGUACAGUUUGCUAUGUGUGAGUGUGUUCUAAUAAAGAUUUUAUAUAAAA